GUUGAAGUCAGUCGAAACGCACUCGUAUGUGUGUGUGUGUGUGUGUGUGUGUGUGUGUGUUGCUCAUCGACUCUUUUCUGCUUUUUUUUUCACAUGGACUUUACACCAAAGCACUAUGGGAGUACAGCGGCGGCCGCCGUGCUGUCAGAGGAUUGUUAAAGUUCCUUCAGUGUGAGGAGAACAGAUAUUCCUGGAGAGUCGCUCAGCUGGAGCUCAGGUGAGAGGAUCUCCAUGGAGGGACCAAAGAUGGCAGCUUUAGGAACGGCUCUUUUCACAUUAGCGUCAGUCCUCCUGCAAGUGGCGAGAUGUCAGGGCAGCAUGGGAAACGGGAAAGACGGCUCGCCGCUCAGGUUCACACAUCACCUCUACAACGCUACCAUCUUCGAGAACUCUGCCCCGCGUACGUACGUGGAGACGCCCGUUAAGAUGGGCAUCAAAGUGACGGACGUGCUCUGGGACAUCAAAUAUGAUGUCAUCUCAGGCGACGACGACGGCCUCUUCCAGGCGGAGGCGGUGAAAGUCGGGGAUUUCUGCUUCCUCAGGAUUAAAACACGCACCAGCUACUCAGCGCUCCUGAACAGGGAGGUCAGAGACGCUUACACGCUCACUGUGGCGGCCACUGAAAGCACUUUUGACUUCCAGGCUAAGACAAAGGUGUUAGUCCAGGUGCUUGACACCAACGACCUGAAGCCUCUUUUCUACCCGGCCUCCUACAACGCCGCCAUCAGGGAGGACAUGCCACUCAAGUCGAGUGUGGUGAGAGUGAGCGCCACAGACGCCGAUGUCGGAAGCAACGCAGACUUUUAUUACUCCUUCACCAGCAGAGCUCACCCGUUUGUCGUCGACCCUUUCAUGGGGACAGUCAGCCUCGUCAAGAAGCUCAAUCACACCCGCACGGCGAGGUACGACCUCACGGUGUUGGCCGAGGACAGGACAAAGAAAAUAUCUGGCGUUCAGAAAUUUGGAAAUGUCGCCAGAGUUACAGUAAAUGUUCAGAAGACGCCCACAAAGUCUCCGGUUAUCACACCUCCCCCGAAACUCACAGUCUCCACAGACGGCAGAAUAACUAUCGAUGUCCACGUGGCGGCCGGCGUUAAGCCCGUGGAAUCCCUUCAUAUAGUGGCAGGAGAUCCCCACAAGUGUUUUGAGAUAAUCCCCUCAGCUGUGCAGGGCGGCAACUUCCAGGUGAUCUCCACAAAGAGGAUUACGUGGUCUCAAAGUCCUUUUGGGUUAAAUCUCUCCCUUCAAGCUAAAGACAGAAGCUUUCCCAGUUUACUCUCUCCGAUGACACGCGUCCACGUCCCGGCCAAUCACUACACCCCACUGGCUUUCUUAGAAGACACCUACAUUGUCACACUGAGCGAAUUUUCGCCGCCAAAAACUCACGUAGUCAAACUUUCCGUCACCUCGGUGCCUUUUAACGUCACCUUCAGCAUCAAAAACAACCCAGACAGCAAGAAAUUUAAAAUAAAUCCCAAAACGGGAAUCAUAGUGACGACAGAGAGAUUUGACUACGAGAGGAAGGAUCGGUAUGAGUUUGACGUUGUUGCCAAUCACGGCGCCGCUGAGACUCACGUGGUGGUCGAGAUAACGGAUGAAAAUGACAACAGCCCGCAGUUCACUCAGACGUCCUAUCAGGCCACGCUGGAUGAAAACGCCCCUGUCGGCAGUAGCGUUUUAAAAGUGGUCGCCACAGAUAAAGAUAAAGGCAAAAACGGGUUUGUGACGUACGCUAUCGUGAACGCAGGCCAGCUGCCGUUCGUAAUAGACGCGCUCACAGGCGUCAUCUCCACCUCUGAGCACUUGGACUACGAGCUGAUGAAGCGGCGGUACCACCUGAGGGUUUGGGCGUCGGACAGCGGCAGCCCCUUCAGCCAGGUCAGCGAGUGCCCCGUGACCAUAACGCUCAACAACGUCAACGACAACAUCCCUUUGUUUGAGAGGGUGGGCUGCAACACCACUGUGCCGCUGGAUUUACCCGUCGGACACACGAUCGCAGAGCUGUCGGCCCUCGACAUGGACGAGCUGCAGCAGUUGCGGUACGUCAUCGAGGCGGGGAACGAGCUCCAGGUCUUCAGCAUUGACUCGGUUUCAGGAGCCAUCACCUUAAAGCAGCCGAUCCCCCUCAGAGCAAACUCGUUUGAUUUGAGGGUCGUCGCCACGGAUGGGAAGCAUUUCUCUGAGGCUUCCAUCGUCAGGGUGACCAUCACGAACCGCGGCGAUGAUGUGACGCUGCACUGCCAGGAAACGGGCGUUUUCAAACAGCUGACGGACAAACUGAUCAAGUCCAUCAAGCCCAUUUUAACUAAUCCAGAAGAAGACACGUUCUCCGAUCUUCACAUCAUGAACCGCCACUCACCGAAGUUUGACCUGAGCAUCCCGGGGUCGGUCGACCUCAUCGAGGAUCAUCCGCUGAACGCCACCAUCAUCCAGUUCAAGGCAACGGACGCCGACUCCGGCUUUAACAGUAAGCUUGUGUACGCCAUAUCCAGCGGGAACGAGGACGGCUGUUUCGCCAUCGACGUUUUCUCUGGUGACCUUCAGCUGGUUUGUCCAUUAGACCGAGAAAAUAAAGAGUUCUACAUUUUGAACAUCACUGUUUAUGAUUUGGGGAUACCGCAAACGUCUGCGUGGAAGUUCGUGGCGGUGAACAUCAUGGACGUCAACGACAACCCUCCCGCUUUCGAUCAGCCCAGAUACGUGAUCCGCGUGCCUGAAAACGCCGAGGUGGACUCCAUAAUUUUCACAGUUCGUGCAGCAGAUCCGGAUGUAGAUGCAAGCGGGAGCGUCCGCUACUCUCUGUUGACAUCCUCUGAUAUGUUCAGGGUCGACGAAGUGACCGGCGAGGUGACGGUGACGGGACGUUUGGAUCGGGAAUCCUCGCCCAGACACGACCUCCGCAUCGAGGCCAGAGAUCAAGCCAAGCCCGGCCCGCAGCUGUUUUCUAUUGUCGAUCUCGUGGUCGUUCUGCAGGACAUCAACGACAACCCACCAAAGUUUGUCCCCAAAGUUUACAAAAUCAAAGUCCCCGAGGACGUUCCCGUGGGCACGCUGCUCGUCUGGGUGGAGAGCGUGGACUUGGAUCUGGGCAGCGGCGGCCUCGUCACCUACAACCUGAAGAACACGGAGGGUGGGAUCUUCCACCUGGACUCCUCCACGGGCGCCUUGAUCCUGGAGAGGGAGCUGGACUUCGAGAGGCGGCCGCUCUACAACCUGACGGUGCGGGCGGUGGAUCACGGCCUCCCUCGCUCGCUCUCCUCCUCCUGCUUCGUGGAGAUUGAAGUUCUGGACGUGAACGAGAACCUCCACAGGCCCGUGCUCUCAGAGUUUGUGUACGAGGCCGGAGUGAUGGAGGACGCGCCUGUGGGGACGUCGGUGGUCACGCUCACGGCUUCGGACAAAGACCUGGGCAGAGACGGAGUCGUCCGGUACCACAUCCAUGACGGCUCGGGGCUCGGCGUGUUCGCCAUCGAUGAGGAAACAGGUGUGAUUCGUACGACGGAGACGUUGGACCGCGAGACGACGCCUCACUACUGGCUCUCCGUCUACGUCACCGAUCUGGGCACGGAGCCCCUGGUCUCCUGGACGCACGUCUUCCUGGAGGUCCUGGACGUGAACGAUAAUGCUCCAGAGCUGUCUCAGCCGGUGUACUUCGCAUCCGUCCAGGAGAACGUGGACAAAGUGAAGUCGGUUGUCCAGGUGUCCGCCACAGACGUGGACACUUCCUCUGAGGGGAAGCUCUCCUUCCAGAUGCUGGAGUCUCAUCGGACGUACUUCGAUGUGGAUCCCAAAACAGGUGUUAUCAGCACUCUCUCAGCGUUGGAUCGGGAGGAUAAACCGGAGCACAGCAUCGAGGUCAUCGUAUCAGAUAACGGAUCUCCGUCUCUGCGCUCCACUGCCACCGUCGUGAUCCGAGUCCUGGACGCCAACGACAACCGGCCCAAGUUCACCGACAAACUUUUCCACGUCAAGCUGCCCGAGCAGCGCCAGCGGGCGGGUAAACAGGAAGUCUGCAGGAUGGUCGCCCGCGACGACGACGAGGGCUCGAACGCCGUGGUGACCUACAAGCUCCAAGACAACAAGGACGACAGCUUUGAGAUCGACGCGGUGACGGGCGUGGUGACAUCACAGGGCGACUUCUGGCCUGGAAACUACAGUAUUCUCACGAUUAAAGCUACAGACCAGGGCAGCCCGUCACGCUCGUCCACGGCGAGACUCGACAUCGAGUGGAUCGCCCGCCCGCCGCUGUCUGCUGAGCCAAUUACGUUUGAUGAGCCCCACUUCACCUUUGCCGUCAUGGAAACGGAGCCUGUCACUCACAUGGUGGGCAUCAUCAUGACAGAGACGCACCCGCUGAGGUGGUUCGACAUCAUCGGUGGCGAUGAGGACAAGGACUUUGACAUCCAGAGAAACACAGGAACCAUCUCCAUCGCCCGCCGGCUCGACGCCGCCCGACGCUCCAACUACAACAUGACGGUGCGGGUCACCGAUGGCCAUCACAGCGCCACCACACAGGCCUACAUCCGAGUGCUGGACAUGAACGAGCAUCGGCCCGUCUUCCUGAAGCCGCUGUACGAGGUGAGGGUUCCUGAGGACACGUCUCCGUGGAAGGACAUUCUGCAGAUCAGCGCGCAGGACGCCGACACCAACAGCAAGCUGGUGUUCUCCGUCCACAGCAGCCUGCACCCGGACAGCACCAAGUUCUUCCACCUGGACCCCAAGAGCGGCGUCCUGGUGAUGACGGAGCGGCUCGACUACGAGACCAUCUCCACUCACACGCUCAUCGUCAUGGUGCGUGACCAGGAGAUCCCGGUGAAGAGGAACUUUGUGAAGGUGGUGGUUCACGUGGAGGACUGUAACGACCACUCGCCGGCGUUCCUCAGCCCUCGGUACGAGGCCACGCUCUCCAACAUGGCCCCCACGGGCUCCGAGGUCGUCCGAGUCAAAGCUCUGGACAAAGACAUGGGCAGCAACGCCGACAUCAGCUACUCUCUGAACUCCGGAAACAUUGACAACAUCUUCUCCAUCGACCCGGCGCUGGGCUCCAUCACCGUGUCCAAACCUCUGGACCUGCAGCCUCAGGACCAGUUCCACCUGACGGUGAAGGCCACGGAUCAGGGCUUCCCUCAGCGCAGCGACCUCUGCUCCGUCCACGUCCACGUACACAUCUCCGACCAAACCCCGCCCGCCUUCCCCUCGGACGAAUACCUGGCUGAGAUCAGCGAAUCGAGCGCUCUGGGAACGCCGGUGGUCACCAUCUCAGCCUCAAGCCCCGCCGCAGUGCAUUAUGGGAUAGAAAGCGGGAACCUUAACGAGACGUUUCACAUCAACCCGUACACCGGGCUGAUUUCACUGCAGAAACAUGUGGAUUUUGAGGAUUGUGCGUCAUACAAGCUCAAAGUGACAGCGUCCACUACAGCCGGAGCCUCAUCCAGGACGGUCGUUUACAUCUAUGUGGUCGACGAGAACGACAACGCUCCGGUUUUCCAGCAGCGGGAGUACCUGGGACAGAUAAGCGAGGCGGCUCACAUCAACAGCAUGGUGAUGGGAGAGAGACAUACGCCUCUGGUCGUUCAGGCGUCGGACGCAGACAAAGAUUCAAACUCUCUGCUGGUGUUUGAGAUCCUGGAAGCGGACGCUCUGAACGUCUUCAGGAUCGACUCGAGCAUGGGCACCAUCUCUCUGAUCGCGCCCGUUGACUUUGAGUCCAGGGCCGAGUAUCACUUCAGCGUGCAGGCGAAAGACUCCGGGGAGCCGUCGCUGUACGCAGCAGAGCCCGCCAAGGUCACCGUCCGCGUUCUGGACCUGAACGACUGCCCGCCACAAUUCAGCGCCCCCGUGUACGAGCCAUCCAUCAUCUCGCCGGCUGUCACAGAUACAGAGGUCGUGCGCGUCACGGCCCAUGACGCCGACUCUGCGGUUUCAUACAGCAUCACUGAGGGGAAUCUGCACAACGCCUUUUCAAUCCACCCCGACACCGGAGUCAUCACCGUGAGCAACGUGUCUGAAUUUCGUCCGUUUUACCAGCUGGUUGUCAGAGCCUCUGACGGCCUCUACAAAGACUCCGCCACUGUCAAAGUAAACGUAACAAACCUCACAGCCAGCGGUCUCAGAUUUGGGCACAAAACGUACACGGCGAGCGUCUCAGAAAACCUAAAGACGGUGAAAACUUUACUGGCGCUCAAAGCUGUGGGCUGUUAUCUAAACGAGCCUGUUUUAUUCUCCAUUUUGAAUCCAGCGGGGAAGUUUGUCAUCUCCGAGACGUCGGGCGUUCUUGAAACGACCGGUUUUCCUUUCGACCGAGAGGAGCGGGACGUUUAUGACAUCAUAGUGAAGGUAGAAGACAUGAGAACACCGGCACGGACGGCCACCGCCCAGGUCAAAGUUUUUGUAGAUGACGUCAACGACAAUGCGCCGCAGUUUCUGAACUUGCCUUUUUCAAUGAUGAUCUCUGAAACCACCGAACCAGGAGACGUUUUAUACCAGGCGACCGCCGUCGACAGAGAUUUAGGAGAGAACGGAUCCAUCAUGUACUCACUGGAUGAUGACUACGACCUCUUCAGGAUAGAUCCGGAUGUUGGCGAUGUCUCCCUUCAGCGGCCGCUCGACUUCGAAGCUCUCAAUAAGUACGUGUUGACAGUUUUGGCGACAGAUGACGGCGAGCCCGGUCACAGCACAUCUGCACAGCUCAGCAUCCAAGUGAGGAAUCAAACUAACCCAAUUUUCCAGACGCUUCUGUAUCCGUUGAAAGUUCCUGAAAACGUCCCACCGUUCACGACCAUCCUGCACGUACAGGCGAGGAAUCCAGAGGGGUAUCGACUCAUCUACAACCUGGAGGAGGAAAACGCCACGCAGCACUUUCACAUUGAUUUCAAAACUGGCGUGCUGACCGUCACAAACCCGCUCGACUACGAGAGUCAAACCAUGCACAUCUUGACGGUCCGAGCAUCUGAUUCUGUGACCGGAGCAUUCUCGGAGGCUUCCAUUGAAAUCGAAAUCGAGGAUGUGAACGAUAACGUGCCCGUUUUCUCAAAACUAACGUACACUGCGGACGUUGUCGAGGAGCUUCCAGUAGGCACCUCUGUGAUACAGAUCUCCGCCUCCGAUAGAGACUCCGGCAGAAAUAAAGAUCUCACCUUCCAGAUUGUAAAAACGGAAAAUAACGAGACUGAUUUUUUCGAGAUCGACGCUCACAGCGGGCUGAUCAUCACGAAACGGGUGCUCGACCAUGAAAGCAUCAAACACUUUAAUUUGAGAGUCAGAGCGACCGAUAACGGCACCGUCCCUCUCAGCAGCGAAGCCCACGUCUUCCUAAAUGUCACUGACGUCAACGACAACCCUCCGGACUUUGUCACCUCCCAGUACGACGCCACGCUGGAUGAAAUGGCGAAGUGCGGCCACAUCGUCAUCAAAAUCCAAGCUUCAGAUCCGGACACCGGCGACCUGAACAACCUCAAGUACAAAAUCCUCUCAGGGAACGAAGGUCGCUACUUCAACAUCAACGAGUCUUCAGGAAUCAUCUCGUUUUCGAACGUCUGUAAGAGGAACCUGGACCCGUACUACAACCUGACGGUGGCGGUUUCAGACGGCGUGUUUCAGAAAUCGGCUCCGGUCAACAUCGACAUGAUCAACAGCAACAGGCACAACCCGCACUUCAAACAGAGCAUAUAUGAAGCAGAGCUGGCGGAGAACGCCGAGGCAGGAACUCGGGUGAUCCGAUUGGCGGCCAUCGACCCUGACGACGGACCAUACGGUAGCGUCGACUACACCAUCAUCAACAAACUCGCUGAUGAGAAGUUCGCCAUCGACGCUGACGGGCAGAUUGUUACAACACAACCUUUGGACAGAGAGAACCCCGAACAGAGGGUCAUAGCGAUCAAAGUGAUGGCGAAAGACGGCGGCGGGAAAGUGGCGUUCUGCACAGUGAAGAUUAUCCUCACGGACGAGAACGACAACGUGCCGCAGUUCAAAGCGUCGGAGUACCAAGUGUCGAUCCAGUCGACUGUGAAUAAAGGCUCCCCGGUGAUUCAGAUCAUGGCGUACGACGCAGACGACGGCAAAAACGCGGACGUCACUUACACCGUGGACGAAGCCGAACAGGUGACCGAAGACAUCAUCGAGAUUAACCCUUUCACCGGCAUUGUCAGCGUCAAAGAGAGUCUCGUCGGCAUGGAGAACAAGAUCUUCAACUUCAAGGUCAAAGCUCGCGACGGCAGCCUCCCCUUCUACAACUCCACCGUCCCCGUUCAGCUCAAAGUGGUUCCUCCCGAGGUUCCUCUGCCCAAGUUCUCCGAGCCGCUCUACACCUUCUCCGCUGCCGAGGACGUCCCCGUCGGGACGGAGGUGGGCUCGGUGCGAGCGGACUCGGACAUGCCUCUGAUCUACAGCCUGGUGAACGGGAACACGGUGGAGAGCAACAGAGACAAAGUGUUCAGUCUGGACAAAGAGAGCGGGACGCUGCUGCUGCAGAAAAGCAUCGACCACGAGAAGACCAAGUGGUACCAGAUCGACGUGAUCGCUCAGGGGAGCCACAACGGAACCGAUGUGGCCUCGCUGGUGUCGGUCAGCAUCCAGGUCCAGGACGUGAAUGACAACCAGCCCGUGUUUGACGCAAACCCGUACAGGGCCUUCCUGGCUGAGAACAUGCCGGCUGGAACCACCGUGAUCCAGGUGACCGCCAACGACCCGGACACCGACGCCAACGGCCUCGUGACCUACAGCCUGGAGCCUCUACCCGACGACACGGCGGCCGACAUCGCCAAGAUUUUCUCCAUCGACGGGGAGAGCGGCUGGAUCGCCACCGUGCGGGAGACGGACUGCGAGGCCACCCGGGUUUACAGGUUCAACGUGCUCGCCACGGACCACGGCGGCGACGUCAAGCUGUCCUCCAGCGUCCUGGUGGAGGUGACGGUGACUGAUGAGAACGACAACCCGCCCAAGUUCUCAGACGACGUGUACCGCGGCUCGGUGGUGGAGAACAGCAGCCCCGGUGAGGUCAUCGUCACCAUGACGACCACGGAUGCUGAUGUGUCGCUGGAGAACCGCCUGGUGACGUGUUACAUCACAGACGGCGACCCUCUGGGUCAGUUCGCCAUCAUCCAGGCGGACGAAGGCGAGUGGGGUCUGAUCGUGAAGGAGGCUCUGGACCGAGAGACCAAAGACAGAUACACGCUCAGAGUCACCGCCACCGACGGAAAGUACGAGGCUCCGGUCACCGUGGACGUCCACGUGCUGGACAUCAACGACAACAGUCCGCUGUGUGAACAGCUGGUUUACACGGAGGCGGUGAUGGAAAACUCGCCCCCCAGCAUGUUUGUGCUGAAGGUUACGGCUUCAGACCCAGACGUGGGAGCUAAUGGCCAGAUCUCGUACACGCUGCACGGCCCCGACGCAGACAAGUUCCAUCUCGACCACAGGACAGGUGAGCUGUUCACGCUGGCCGUGUUGGAUCGGGAGAAGGAGGUCGAGUACAACCUGGUGGCGAAGGCGACGGACGGCGGCGGGCGGUCGUGUCAGGCAGAUAUCCGGCUGAUGAUCCAGGACAUGAACGACAACCCACCCAGCUUCUCUUCCAGCCACUACGAGGUCACCGUGUUCGACAACACCACCGUACGAACUCCCGUCGCUGUCAUCUACGCCAAGGACCCCGACACGGGUAUAAACUCGGAGGUCAAGUACUCCCUCCUGGCGGGCGACGGCGGAUACUUCUCUGUGGAAGAGUUCUCGGGGAUCCUGCGUCUGGAGCGACCUCUGACCCCGGACACCCCGCCCACCUUCGAGCUGAAGGUGAAGGCCACGGAUCGCGGCCUGCCUCGUCACCUCUACUCUGUAGCCACGGUGACGGUGGACGUGGUCUCCCUGGACGACUACCAGCCUGUCUUCCUGAGCGCGGAGUACACGGCGCAGCUCCCAGAAUCCUUGGCGGUCGGGUCGGAGGUGCUGAGCGUGUCGGCGCUGACCAGAGACGGCGGAGGGCCGGAUCCCGUCGUGUACCGCAUCGUGUCCGGCAACGAGGACGGACGCUUCCUGCUGGACUCACGGACAGGCCUGCUGACCCUCAUCGCCCCGCUGGACUUUGAGGUUUCUCGGGAGUACUACCUGUCUGUAGAGGGAAGUCGCGGCAAGUCGUCCCUCAGUGACAUCACCACGGUGAUCAUCAAUGUGACGGACCUGAACGACAACGCGCCUGUGUUCGGACAAGGCGACGACAGCGCAGAGAUAUCAGAGGAUCUGACGCCUGGAAGCCUCGUGAAGAAGGUGACCGCCACUGACGAGGACGGCCCCGUCAACAACCUGCUGCGUUACUCCAUCGUGAGCGGCGACCCUCUGCAGCAGUUCACUAUUCACCCUCGUAGUGGAGAAAUCAGCGUCCGCACGGCGCUGGACAGAGAGGAGAUUCCUCAUUACUCUCUGACGGUGCAAGCAGCAGAUGAAGGAGAUCCUCCUCUGUCCUCCGCCGUCCUCAUCACCAUCACCGUCACCGACGUCAACGACAACCCGCCCGUCUUCUCGCAGGUCAACCACAGUCUGCUGCUGCAGGAGGGCGAGUCAGUUGGCAGCGGGAUCCUCCAGCUCGUGGUGACGGACAGAGACACGCUCAAAAACGGCCCGCCUUUCUCCAUCCACAUCGUCAGCGGCAACGAGGACCGCCGUUUCCACGUGGAUCAGGGCGGCCUGCUGUCGCUCUCGGCGCCGCUCAGGAAGAAGGUUAAACCUCAUCAUCAGCUCAAGAUUCAGGUGACGGACAGCGGUCACCCUCCUCUCUCCUCCAUCUGUGUGGUCAACAUCAACGUCACCGAGCAGAGCCAGUACCCUCCGUCUGUCGUCCCUCUGGAGGUCUUCAUCACCACCUCCGGCGGCCUGUUUGCUAACCGCGUCAUCGGGAAGCUGCACGCGUCCGACCAGGACCUGCAGGACGUCCUGACCUACCAGCUGGUGUCAGAGAGUCCGGCCGAGGGGAGGUUCUCCGUCGACCUCACGGACGGGAAAAUCUGGGCGGAUGAAAACCUGAAGGAGGGCUCCUACUCGCUCAAUGUCAGCGUGACCGACGGGAAGUUCAGCGUGUGGACCGGGGUCAAAGUUCACGUGUGGGCGGCCGAUCAGAGGACGCUGGACUCGGGCGUGACGCUGCAGCUGGUCGGGUUGUCGCCGGAGGAGUUUCUGGGCGACCACUGGAGAGGCGUGCAGCGCAGCCUGGGGCAGGCGCUGGGGAUACCGCGGCAGGAGCUGCAGCUGGCCAGCCUGCAGCAGCCGCCAGGGGCCCGGCUCCUGGAGGCCCUGCUGGUGUGGAGGCCCCAGAGCGGACGCGUCCAGCCGCUGCCGACCAACAAACUCGCAGGCAUUAUAUCGGACAUCGAGGACUCUCUGGGCCUCAGCAUCCUCCGGGUGAGUCACAACGGCUGUCUGGGCGCCGGCUGUCCGCCGCGAGGCUGCAGGAACGCCGUCCGACUGACAGCGGAAAGACUGAGCCAUUUCACCACCGCCAGGGCCGCUUACAUCACCCCGAAACACACCUGGGAGAGCGUCUGCCCCUGCAACGAGUCGGCGCUGAGGUUCGAUGGUAAAUCCCACCUGAAGUUCCUCCACGGGAUGGACGAGGACAACCAGGACUUCAAACUGUCCCUGAGGUUCAAGACUUUCCAGGAGGACGGCCUCAUCGUGUCCACCAACAGCACCAACCACUGGGGCACUUUACAGGUGUCUGAUGGCGAGCUGCAGUUCAGGUUCAGCUGUGGAAGCUCCGCCCCCGCCUCCUCACCCGUCAGAUCUGACAUCGUGUCGGACGGCAGGUGGCACGGCGUCCUGCUGGAGGUCAACUCCAGCGGCGUCAGACUGACCCUGGACCAGCAUCACCCGGCCGUCGCCCCGCUGAGCGAGCCGUGCCGGAUGCUGCGCUCCCAUGGUGCUUUGCUCUUCGCUUCUUUGGCUCAGGACGUCCAGCAGCAUCCGCGUAACUUCAUCGGCUGCCUGGAGGGCCUGGAGCUCAACGGGGAGCCAAUCAGAGUGGGGGACGCGGCAGAGUGGGCGGGGCCGGGGAGCAGGAGGGUGUUCGGGGUGUACCAGUGCUGCAGCAGGGCCGGAGCGUGCGACAGCAACCCCUGUGAGAACGGCGGCGUCUGCGAGGAAGACGCCAGCGGAGAGCCGCGCUGCAGGUGUGCAGGACUCUUCCACGGCGCCCGCUGCGAGCUGGCUGACAACCCGUGCGCCUCCCAGCCGUGCGCCCACGGCAGAGUGUGUGUGCCCAAGGCUCAGGGCUACAUGUGCAACUGCUCUCAGGACGCCGCUGACGCACGGUGUCACAAUCAGAUCGAAGUCUGUUCGCCCAAUCCGUGUCCCGGAGGCUUCGACUGUAAAGUCACUGACGGCUCCAUCCACUGCGACCCGCUGCCUCAGGUGUCUCCGAUGAUUGGAUACAUGGAGAUCAUGGAGAUCAGUGUCACCGUGCUCGGCGUGCUCCUCUUGGUCGGCAUCUUCGUUUGCAUCAGGAAACGUUACGUCCAGCACAAGAAGAAAAAGCCUGUCUGUGUGCAGGAUUCCAACGGAUAUUUCCAGCACAGUUUGUCCAAGAGCCUCAAAGCCGACAACCAGGAAGUGAACCCCAUCGAGAUGAGCUCGCUGGUCGGUCCCACCAACAACCUCGACCACACGCCCUUCAGGUCGCUCCGCCCACGCAGCCAGAUCAUUUCAGGGGACGGGGUUUCCUCUCCAAAGACUCAGGGGCCGGUGGUGUGCAGUGUGGCCCCGAACCUCCCCGCCAGACCGCCGUCCAGCUCCGACAACGACUCCAUCAGGAAGAACCACUGGGACAUGGACUACGAAGUCUAUCCAGCAGAUCCGGAUUACUACGGCCGCCCGGCGGUCCAGGAGUUCCCGCAGUUCGACAUCGUAGAGGACGCCUACUCCACCUCCACCAUGGACUCGCGCAGAAACUCUCGAUUCGGCGGCUUCCCGUUCCCGCUGGAACGAUGUGACCGCCGCGCCCCGCUCCCGCCCUGUUACAGCAACCAGAACCUGGACGACUUCCUGGGUCCAGACGGCCUCCCUCUGCCGAGCUCCCAGUGCCCCAACGAGUACACGGCCAUCAGCUACUACCCGACGCAGCACACCCGCAGCCUGGACAACGUGUCGGCCGGCUACAAGAGACUCAGCAUGCGUCUGAGCGUGGCCAUGCCGUCGUACGCAGAGCAGGCCAGCCCGCCGCCGCCGCAGCCGCCAAACCCGGCACAACCUCAGACCAGACCGGCGGGGCAGAACCAGCGCAGCUACGACGGGGUGAGCAUGGUGGAGAGCGACUACGGGAGCUGUGAGGAGGUGAUGUUUUAACUUUUUGCGUCCUUUUUUUUAGUAUUUGAGAACAGUGCGAGCACACGUGUACACCGUGUUCUACUCGGUUUGAAGGCAGCUUUGUGUACACCUCUCAGACGGGACUCUUUGAAUCUAAUGAACGGCGGCUCAGCGGGCGCUCGCCGUGAGAUGAAAGCGCCGCGUGAAACAAUGCUUCACAUGUCUUUCAUUUGUUUGACUUUUCAAAGCGGUGCAGUCGUGCUGUGCCAGACGAGGCGAGGGUAACUCAGCGCCGCUCGCUUACCUCCGCGCGGAAAGUUCAGCUGAAGUUCACGCCUUUGUCUGAGACGCCGAGAGCACUCGUUAACUUGUUAGGGUUGUGAAACAGUAUUACUGACUCGACUGCGGGCUGCUUCAGUCACAAGACUUUUCCAGAAUGUGACUCUCAGAAGAGGCUUUGUGCAAACAGCUGAAAUCAUCUCUCAUCACUCUCAGCUCAGCACUGAUGAUGCGAUGUGCACAAUGCUGCGUACGAUGUGACUGAAUGUGAGGAGGCAGGCGCAGCGUUGUCAUGGCAUUGGCCGGCGUGACAUUCAGACAAAAACCACCUUCUCAUUUCUGAUGAAAGCUCGAUAAAGAGCUUUGCAUUGUGUCAAAGGUAAACAGAGUUUAUCCUGUCAGCCUCUGCUGCGUGUUUUUGCUCACGUGGAAUUUAUUUGAUCAAAAAUGCAGAAAAGGACAAAAAAACCAGCCGGUGUCGUGCUGACCCCGAUGUUGACGCUGAGCACAUUUCACGCAGGAUAAACAUUUCAUUGAACUCUUUAAUCUGCUUACAGUUGCUGUUGUUUGUUGUUGCUGUCUGUUCUGAUGAAGGAGGCUGGAUCCUCGUAAAGAAAAAAAAAGCCAUAAAGUGACAAUGUCGAUGUUAGUCGUGAUGUGUUUUUAGAAUCAAUGCAAAACCGCUCGUGUACAUUCAGUAGAUUUUGAAUCAUCUCCUGGUGCGUUUUAAUUUUAAUUAGUGUGAACUAGAUCACAGUGUUUUCGUGUCUGUGUUCGAGCUCAUAAAGAAAACACUUAAUGUGGAGCAGUUCAAGAAAAAACGUCCAUGCAGCCAUUUUAAAUGGUGUAAAUAUUCAAGACUCACAUCAAAGAAAAGCUUCUUUUGGUCAAGAGUUUUUUUUAUUUGCCUCAUGCAACAUUUAUAAAAUAAACAUUAGAGUCCAGCAUUUUCUGAAAUCGACUGUUUGACAGUUGAGAGCCACAAUAGAAAAUCAUUUCUGUUAUGAAGACGUUAAAGCAACAACUCAGACUGACGGGACUGAACUGUUGUCAGAUUUUUGACAAACGUUUGAAUGUUGGUUUCAGCUCUAAUCGCUGAUCGCUGAUUAUCUGAUUAAUUAUAAAUGUGAGAAAUGAUGAGAAACUUUGCUUCCAAAUUCCUCAUUAAAAUAUGAAAAUAAAUAUGUGAUGUGACGUGGAGAAAACUUUCAAAUUUACGGAGCCAAACAUUCAGGCGGACUGUGUAUUUUGUUUAGGUACAUCGUGAAAGUUAAAGCACCCGUCCUCGUCGGCAGGCCGUCAAAUAAUACCGAAAAAAUACUGCGGCUGUGUCACGAUCCUCGGCACGCGAUAUUGAUGCCAAAGACCCAAAGAGUCUGUUAGAUCAUCAGGGCUUCAUCGAACUCAUCUUACCACCGUCACUCUUUUACGCCACGUUAUGUUCCAACGAACAGUGAGCAACUGAAAAAGAAAUCAAUCAAAAUAAAAAUGAAGUUUCUUUUACAAAAAGGAAACUUACUCAUUGAUUUUUUUUUUGAAAGAAACCAAUCGUUUUUGGGGAUUUCAGAUGUUUUAAUUCUCGAAAAAAAAUGUUUUUAAAGUAACCAAUUUCUUUUUUAGCCGAAAGCAAACCGCAAUUUUCCAGACACUGAGUUUGGUGUUUCGAGUGUAUCACACAGACGCCAAAGGGCCGUUAAAAAAGCGGCGAUAUUUGACAGCCUGGCAUGAGAAUGGAGAACGUUUGCUCAUUUCCAGGCUCGUACUGUGAAUACUACAGUAUUGAAGGUUUCUGCUUGAACAUGCCUCCAUGCUUUAAUGUUCGGGAAACGUUUUAUUUCUCUCUCACUGUGUGUUGAAACACCUGCAUUCACCGUCUGAAAUCAUCCGUUUUGGCGCCCGUCUCUUUAAGCCGUCCUCUCGCGAAAGAACAGUCUGCUCUGAUUGGUCGGCGUUUCCGGGUGGUUCGUAUCUUUGCGUUUCAAAUGAGAUAUUUUCAUAUCUUCCGUCGCUAUAGCAACCAAUGUCAGCAAGCGAUUCGGCUCUCCAAACAGCACCAAACCUCGAUCGGGCGGUUUGUGAAUUCCAGCGCAGAUAAACGGCCUCAGAGAUCAGAUCUGAAAAACAAAUCACAUUUUCCAGCUGCGUGGACGGUUUGUGCUUUGGCAAACGAGGGGUGAAUGUUUGCACAGUGUUUACCGCCGCCGCCUCCGUGUAAACGUGUUGAGGCUGCAGAUGAUGCAUGUAAAAAUCAAAGCAACUGGGUUUUUACACGGCUGCCGGAGGCUGCGGGAGAUAAACAAGACACGAGGACGAUGCAGGAAAAGACAUUAGGGCGAUUCAGACAGGCAGUCACGGGGAAAAAUGUCUCUGCGUCUCUCAUUCGUUCUUAAUGUCCUAACUGUCAAAUCUCUCCCAUCUGGCACCAUAACGAGCCGAAUCAAAGCACACACUCUGGAGAUAUUAAUGCAUAUUUAGGCUGCGGUUUUUGCUGCAGUCGUGCUGAGCUGUGACUGAGCUUUGGCACGAUUUCUGAAAAAUGGAGACAAAGAAAUGAGGGGUUUGGAAGCAAAAGUCAGGACGCGUUGAAAGGCGUGCAAAUAAUAUGAGACUUACUGAGUGCAAAAUAAUUCAGCUUUCUAUCACAGAUUUGUGAAUGCCUUUCCUGUUUUCAGUCUGAGCAUUGUACGGUAAUUUUGUAAGCGAGAAUUACAUUUUUUUAAGAUUAGGGAAAUGGUUAUAUCAUCACCAGAAAACUCAUCUUCCCCAGGCUGUUAAAAGUAUCUCUGCUAACAUUUAAACCUGAGUAACUAAAGUCUUUCUGCUCUAAAUUUAAUCCGUUCUUAGUGACCACAUCAUGCAGAUUUUAAACUUAUUUUGUGAAAUCUGAGAAUUUGUCUCUUAGUCGUGUGAUGUUGUGGGUCGAUGUGUCCGUCUGUCGCUGGUGCUUUAACUGUGACCGUCAGAAAGAAUUUGUCGUGUGCAGGUAUCGUGUUGUACAUACAGUCUGUAUCUGUGUCGUAGAUUGUUGUUUGUGCAGAAUAUGACUUUUUUUUUUAAUGUGGGCCUCCCCAUGUUUUUCCUUGUUGUUUCUCUGUGAGAGAUUUUAUUAAGAUACCCCUUUUUUUCAUUUAGUUUUCAAUAUUGUAAAGAGAAUAUGAAUAAAGAUAUAAUCUUCUAUGAACA